UCCUCCUGUCUGGGGACAGCGUGGGGGAGGGUCCCCAGCUGCCUCCCAGGCCUCCCCUGAGGACCCGCAUGAGGAGCAGCAGUGAGGACCGAGCGGUGCCCGCUGGCCGAGAGCCUGCACUCUUCAGACCCUCGGGGCCCAGGAUAGUGUCCGAGCCCCAGCACUUAACCGUGGCGGAGCAGGUGCAGGUGCCUCCUGGACACGUCCUUACCCACUCGCCCGAGGGUGGUUUUCUUCUCUGGAGACCAGAGGCGGCUUCCAGGGCUGGAUUCGCAGGCAGCACCCAUGGAUCCUGGCCCUGCGGAGGAAGGUGUGGCCCCGGCCAUCUCCCCACUGAAGCCUGGCGAGAAGUUCCACCUGUUUGUGAGUUACAGCAGCAUGGAUGCCGUGUGGACGCACGGGCUCAUCAGCCGCCUGGAAGCUGACCUCCCGGGGCUGAGAAUCUGCCUGCACGAGCGGGACUUCACCCCGGGCAGGAACGUCCUGGAGAACAUGGCCGAGUGUAUCCAGCAGAGCCAGAAGGUGCUGCUGGUGCUGAGCCAGGACUUUGUGCAGAGUAGGUGGUGCCUCCUGGAGGCCGACCUGUCCCUGUUCGGCUACUGCUUGGAGAGGAAGCCGGUCAUCCCGGUCCUGCUGCGGCCCUGCCAGAUCCCGCUGCACCUCAGCCACCUGACCUACCUGGAGGCCACAGACAGCCGCUUCCACCUCAAGGUGCAGCAUCUCCUCUGCCAGCCCAACCACAGGCUGACGCGCGCCCUGCCCGCCCGGCACCCGACCCCCUCCCUCUACAGCGGGAAGACCCUCCUGACCCUGAACUGCAUCAACAGGGACAGCCUGCCCUCAUGGAAGGUGGGGUCCUUCAGCACCCUGGGUGUCCCCGACCCCUUGAAGGAGGUGUUGGAGGACCCCGAGGUGUACAAGCAUGCCGUGGGCAUCCUGAAUGGGGUGCAGUCCCCCAGGUCCUGCCUCCGGUACCUGGGCUGCCGGGUCCCCCUGGGCAUCUUCCUGAUCACCCUCUCCUUGGCGAUGCUUCUCCUCCCCGUGAUGCUGGGGCUGCAGCGAAACCCACCGGCGGAGCGCUUCCUCCUAAUCUCCGCCACCGUCUUUUUCUGCCCUCUCCUCGUCGCCUUGGGGGUGAACAGCCUGUGCUGGUUCAGGAGGUUUUCUCGGAAGAAGAUGCGGGAGCUGGAGCUCAGAGUGGGCGAGGCCAACGUCCUGCUGGCGCCCCACUCCCUGCUGAUGGGCUGUGACACCAUGAACAAGCUGCACUUCGUGUACGUGCUGCUGGGGGACUGCAGGCAGGUCUUCCUGCAGGCCCCACAGGGCGAGGCCCUGUUCCGGGAGGCCCUCCUGCGCUUCUCGUCCAGCUACACCUGCUGCGUGGCCCACGCACACUUCCCCGCCUGCGAGGACACCCAGGGGGCUCCAGGCCACCUGGAGCUGGGCCUGUGCUUCUGCCAGUUCGUCUCUCUGCAGCUGAUGAAACACGAGGGUCUUGGGGUUAACCCCGUGUGACGACAGGAGGGGCCCCUGGGGCCGUGGCUGGCCCUGCAGGCAUGGCCUCCCCGAGACCCAGGUGGUGUACACGGGACCCUCACGUCUGGUCAGGACUUUCACCCUCGCCGAGGGCCCCACAGCCUGCUCUGAAGGCAGAGGUGGCCACGUCAGCCCAGGUGGCCUGACUGUUUGGGGAGGGGCUUUUUGAUGAGACUAUGUGAGGGGAGGCUGGGGAAAGCAGCAGGUCCCCUUAGGAUCUGGCCUGCUCUUGAGGAGGAGACGGUCACUGCCGCUGUCUGGGUGGCCGGUUCGUGUCCAGGGGACCAGGGCAGACCAUGCUGGCUCCCUGUGGCCCCCUCCCUGAGCAGCUCUUCCAGGCACCUGCCCCUCGUCCUGGGACACGGAGCAUGGUGAUGCUGGGGUGAGCGGGGGCACCAGGCCGAGCGAAAGGACCCUGGGCCGUUCACCCUCUGCUCUCAGGGCACCAACACACAGCUGUCGACUCUGAGAGCCUGUGAGGGGCCAGCCACAGCCGUCCAUGGCUGGGAACGAUAAGGCCUGCGUGUGUCCUCAGUGGGGACGCCCCGUCAGACCUGGGUCUCUGCUCCCUCCCGGCCUCAGCCUCAGCCCGUCCCCAGCCUCCCUUUCCAGGGCGGAGGGUGUGCCUGUGCCUGGGGGCUGUCGCCUGGUGGAGCUAUGUUCUCCAUGCUUGCCCGCUCACCCUGAAGUCUGGCUUCCUGGGCUCAGACGUCACUCCGCACCCUGGUGUUUCUGGGCUUCUGCAGACGCCCUUCCCCGUGAGAACAGGGAACUAUCUGCAGACAAGAACAUGAAACGCUUGAGCUGGUUCUGUCUGUGGGGGCAGAACAGGGGGCACCGCGAGGCCGAGCUGCACGGCCCCCUCCGCUCUGAGCCCUGCCCAGUGGGUGGGGGUGAGACCCUCACACCCCAUGCCCGUGCCCAUGUGAAGGUCAGUCAGGCUCCAGAGACCCCCUCGGCUCCAGCAGAGCGCCAGGGCAGGACUUUGGAAAUGAGGGGUGGCCCCCGGGGCGCUGCCUUGAGCCUCAGCUCAUCUGUCUGUAAAUGAGCAGUUGGCAGGUGACCUCCCGACAGAUUUGAAGUUAGUGCUGGGCACAUGUCCCCAGAACGCCUGGGCUUCCCUUGGGCUUGUGGCCCGGUGCCACACUGGUGAGUAUUUGGCUCAGCUACUCUGGUUUGCUGACUUGCAAGCUCGGGCCCAGGCCACAGCCACAGAGCAGCAAGUCCCUCAUCUGACCCCCGAGCAGCCCUUACCCUGUGCCCACCUCCCAGGACCUUCUCCUUACGUGCCCCUUAGAUAAGAUCCCCCAGCCCACACCAUGGGUCUUACCAAAACCUUGCUCUUGUGGUUUGAACUGACCAAUCUGGUCCUAGCUCAGGAUCCCCAGAGCACCCCACCCAGAGACCGUGGUAUUGGUGGGAGCUUCUGAUCCUGCCUUGUCUGCACUCUGCCUUGACCACACUACCUUGACGUGGCCUCUCCAGGCAUGCGCACACCUCCUCCAGGACCCGUGAGCAACAAACUUCUCUAUUUCAACUUCUCUUGUGGAAGCACAGCAGAUCCUGUGGUCUGUUGCUAAACCAAAGCUCCCCACUCGGCAGCCUGGACACUUAACACGUGUUAAUGGAACACAGAGGCUGGACUGCUCGCCUCUCUCCUGGGGCCAGGACUGCCCCAGGAGGGUCGCCCUCAACAGGAGACUGGCCAGAGGCAGGUGUGUGAGGGGCAGAAAAGGGAGGGGCUCUGGGCAAGAGGGCAGUGUGAGCAAAGGCACAAGGUAGGACCCCAGGUCACAGGAGGACCUGCCAAGUAGGGGAUGGUCCCGUGAACCCCAGGGCUCGCUGGGUGGCUUUGGGUGCCAGAACUUUCUUGGGGGCAGUGCUUGGCACUAGGAUCCACUCCAAGGGGCCCCAGCACCUGGUCUCUGAGAUGUCCAAAGCAGGGGGCAUGGUCUGGGCCCCAGGCUGAGCAAGAGCCUCCCAGGAGCAGUGGGGACCCUCCAGCCCCCACAGUUGUGGCAUGGGACGGGGACCCAACAGGCCCAUCCAUACCCACUGUGGGCCAGGGCCAAGCUCCCAGAGGGCACACACGGUCCUCACGGACACCGAGGGCCCAAUCCAGGCCAUAUCAGUGGCUGCUCUGUCUGGGGUUGGUGCUGGGGGCCUGCGGGCCAAAGCCCAGCUGUGUGCAGGGGCCCCCACAUGCACACACAGCCCCCCACUCCUCAGGCAGUAUUCCCACCCUACAGUGCUGUGCCGUGUGGCCCAGAGACAGCAGACGGAUGAAAGAGAGACGACAAAGUCCUGUCACUUCAAAAGGCUGUGGUUUUUAAGGUCAUGAAAUAACACAGUUGUGCACACAAUAAAGAGAAAAGGUCUAAAUGAACCACUUUAUAGGACCGUUGAUCUUUUGCUCUGGCGGCUUUCAGAUUGUGCCAGCUCAGAAGGCCAAGGAGGCUGGGCCUGUGGGGCCCUCGGCCUCCAGCCUGGACUCCUCCUCUCGCUCCCCAUGCGGCAUGUGUCCAGUUCUUGCACAGAUCCCCUGCUGGGGCCGGGCCGUGUCAGGCUUGCGGAGACGCUAGGCCUAGGGGAGUGGCACCCCCAGUGCCCUCAGCGGAGCAGGGUCUGGGGCUGGCUGCACUCUGCCCCACACCCCCAGCCAACACCUACCCCCGGGUUGCAUGACCCAGACCCGUGGCACCAGAGGGCAGGGACCCCAGCACCCCCAGCAGCCUGGACGCGGGGCUGCCCCAAGCCACCCUGCCUGCCCUGACCCUUGUCCUUACCCACACCAGCGGUCAGUGGUCGGGGGUCUGAGGGCCCCUGUCCCCAGGCUGCUGGUGUUCCCACCCCCAGGCAUACCUGCUGCACCCAGGAGCAGUGGCCUCCACAUGAAGGAGGAGAGGCCACUGCCUGCCUGACCUCCAUUGUCGACCCAGGCCAGCCCCUCAGCUAGCCCUGCAGAGCACCCAAAUGCACCCCCUGGGAGCUGCAUCUCCUGAAGAUGUCUGUCCUGGGCUGGUUCUCAGUGGGGUGACCUCAGGAAGCCUGGGGCCUGAGAACCCCACAGAGGGGCUGAGCCUCUAACACUGCAGUCCUGGGAGGACCUCGCCAGGCUGCUGGUCACAAGGUACCCCAGCUGCUGUCCGGGGCCAGCACUCAGUCUUGGUGCACCACCCACUGGUGUCCGCCCUGUGGGGCCUCUGCGGCAGCCCAGGGGCUGUCCAUGAGAUAGGAGAUGAAGGCCUCCAAACUCCAUUGCAGUUUGGGCCUGGCUCCUGUAGGGGUGACUGGGGCUCUCAGUGGACAGGCCCCAGGGCCCUAUGAGACCCUUCAAGUCCUUCCGGGACUCCCCAGAUUCCCUAGUGUGCCCCCUUCCCCACUGACCCUCCACCUGGCUGGCCUCUGCCCUCUGGGUUCUGGAGACCAGUUCUGGAGGGAGUCUAUUCAAAACAUGCAUCAGGUCUGGGGCACCUGGGGGGCUCAGUCUGUUAAGCGUCUGCCUUCAGCUCAGGUCAUGAUCCCGGGGUCCAGGGAUGGAGUCCAAUGUUGGGCUCCCUGCUCAACAGGAAGUCUGCGUCUCCCUCUGCCCCCACCCCGCUCAUGCUCUCUCUCUUUCUCAAAUAAAUAAAUAAAAUCUUAAAAAAACAAUGCAUCAGGUCAACUCCGGCCAGUUCAAGGAGCCCUAUUCAACACCCCAGGAUAGCUGCCACCUUCUGCUUGCCCCCACCCACUGCCCCACCCUGGGGAAGGGUCUCCAUCCAAGAGAACACGCAUGUGGAUCUGUGUGUGGGGACAUCUGGGGAGGGGAGAGAGUGAUAGUACAUGUGCAUGCAUGUUUGCAUGUAUGUGUGAGUGUGCACGUGUGUGCCUUGCCUCUGUGUGUGUGUACAUUGCCUGCCUGCGUGAGUGUGCAUGUGUGUGCAUGAGCGUGUGUCUGCACACGUGAGAGUGUGCACAUGUGCGUGCACCUUGCCUCUGUGCAUAUGAAUGAGUAUACACGUGUGUGAGUGUGCACCUUGCCUCUGUGCACGCGAGUGUGCACGUGUGUGUGCACCUUGCCUCUGUGCACGCGUGAGUGUGCACCUUGCCUCUGUGUACGCAUGUGAGUGUGCACGUGUGUGAGUGUGCAUGUGUGGCACAUGCAUGCAAAGGGGACCCUGGAAGGGUUACCUCAUCAUAGGACUCCUAGGAAGGAAGAGCCCGUGUUCUGGUUCCUCUGUUCCACGGUCUUCCUCAAGCUGCAGCCCCUCAGGGUCACACCGUGGGGCCCACUGCAGGGCCUCACCAGGGGGUCACACCUAAGGUCACACUGUGGGUCACAUGUUGGGGGUCACAUGGUGAGGCCACACUGUGGGUCCCACAUCAGGGUCCCACUGCAAGGCCACCCAGCAGGCUGCAGUUCUAAGAGGUUCCAGGGUGCUGAGGCCGACUGCAGUGUGGUCACCCCCGUGAGCUGGGACUCCCUCCUCACUACCCCCUGCACAGGCUCACCUUUCUGCUCCGUGGCAGCUGGCAGGGGCCUGGCUGGGGGAGGUGCCCUGUGCUCCGGGCACUAUGAGUGCACACGCGGGUGUGUCUCCGUUUCUGGGACGGUAGCAUUGGUGAAGGUAAUGACCAAUUGAGUAGAGGCCUUCUACUGCUGGAUCCCGCCCCUGAAUCCCCAGGCCUGGCCCUCAGUGUUUGCCUGAUGGGGAAAGGCAUGUAACCUUGCAACGACCCUGAGGAUGGUGUUUAAGGGUUGCACUUGAAAGCUGCCCUGAAGAGAUGGGAGGGUGUGAUAGGAAGUGGGGGAGAGUCAGAGGCGGGUGGGGGUGAUGGUGCAUAACAGCGUACCUCGAUGGGGCUGGUGGGUGUCUGUGGCGUGUGCGUGCAUGUAUAUCCUCCCCAAAAGGGUGCAGCGCUCUGUGUUUGCUUGGUAGUUCCAUGGUGGAAACCUCACCCAACCAAACAAAACUCAGGUCCUACCUAAAUUAUCCCCUCAUGCGUCGAUCACACUGAGAUGGGCAGCCUGAGGAAGCAGAGCGGACUGUGCAUCUGCUUACUUAGGUCUGCCCCGCCCCUGAACUCAGGGUUAACUCACAAAGGACCCACGUGGUGCACGCGGCAUGUCCAGUAGAAGGAUGGCCGGCCCCAAAGACCAUGAUGCCCUAUGUGUGACUCUGCCUGGUUUGACCUCGAACGGAGGGUCUAGGAUUUCUUCUCCGCCUGAGCACGAAGUUUCUCACAUUGUCCCCGAAUCUCACCAUCCUGUGGGAUCCCGC